AUGGAGGCCGAUUGCGAAGUGCCUGUGACCGAUGCCGACAACGGAAGACAGUUGCAAGACACCAGAGCUGAAGUUCGCCGAUUGGAAGAGGCCUUGAGAGCGGAGAGGAGUCUCCGUCAGAGUUCCAGUCCCGGUCUCCAUCAACCUCCCGGGCUUGUCAAUGAUCUCUUCGAUUCUCGUGGCUUCGACGUGACGCUGAAAGCUUUCCGGUGGCACCUUGCAUACUGCACUCCUGGAUUUGCUGCCUCCAUACAAUCAGAUCCCGCCUUCGAUUUAGAGGAGCUGCUCGACCGGGUGGCCGACUCAUUCGACCUGCAGGUCCGUACGAAACCCGCCCGAGUAGUCUCGCCAAAAUGGCCCCCGCGCCGCCUAAUGGAGGCGUCGUUGGAGUACUUUUCGAGCAAUGGAUUGUAUUCAAUCCAUCCGGUAGUUGACGUUGAUGCACUUACGUGUCUACUGGACGCUUCCGACUUCGAUGGCUACGGGAUUGGUACCAAUAUUGCCGACCGGGCCUGUUUAGCGGCCUUGACAGCAAUGAUUACUAGGAUUCGUCGACAAGAGCCUGCAUUUGCUGAUGCAGACCCGGAUGCUUAUGUCCAAGCAGUGCUUUCCGUGCUACCCCAGCUGAUGAUGGAACAUACCAACGUCCGAGCUCUGGAAGCUCUGAUUACCCUCGCCCUCUAUAUCGCCCCUUUGGGUCAACCGCAAACAGCGGAAAUACUCCUCGCUAUGGCCGUUCGGAUCCUCUUCAACCUGAGGGCACACAGAGCUAGGCCGACUUAUGAAAAUACCGCCCACAAGCAUCAACAUCAGCAUUUGCGGGCUCUGUUCUGGACCUUUUAUGCCGUGGAUAAAGAAAUGUCGCUUCGAAAAUGUCAACCUCCGAUGAUCAAUGACGCUGACUGCGACUUGACUCUACCUGAUAAGUAUGUUGCACAAUCCUCUGAGCACCAGUUCUUCACGUCCGAGUUGUCACCCAAGGAACUUCUUUACCCCUCGGACCUUCGUCUGGCUAUGCUUAAAUCAAGGGUCUACCAUUUGCUCUAUUCCGAGCAAAGUCUGAGCCAUUCGAGGGCGAGACGACUUCAGCUCAUCCGCGAACUGGACCAGGAGUUGAAUGAGCUGAAGUCUCAAUUUCCCUCCGCUUGUAAACCUGAUGCCGUUGUGAGCGGAAACGUGCCAGAUUACCUUAUCCAUGAUCUCAGUUUACGGGGCGUGAAUGUGCAUCUCGAGUACUACCACUGUCUUUCUAAGAUUCACGGUGCGAGCGCCAUCGGCACCCCGGUUCUGCAGAGUCUGUCUCCUCCAUCUACAAGUAUGGAAUUAUGUUAUCAGGCGGCACGAUCCACUUUGAUAUAUCUGCGUCGAAUUCGCCAUUUGAUCUUCCCUGAAACAUUUUGGAUAUAUGCGCAAAUCCUUCUGACGUCGAGUAUUUCGCUCUACAUGCGCAUACUCUCAGCUCCCGAACAGUGCGGUGUCCAGGAUGAUAUGCAUCUACUAGAGAGCACAAUCGAUGUAUUUCACCAGCUAAAUUGUGUCGAGCCAAGCAAGCGUUUUCCACCAUUCGUUAUCAUUGAAGCUUUCAUCCAAAGAUUGACAUUGCUCGCCGAGCAGUCUCUAUCGGAAGCUGCGAACUAA